CGUGGGAUGGCCGCCAUGUGCGGGGCACGGACAGAAAUGCCAUACUGUGGAACGCCCCGCACCCUCGUUCUGUCUCUGAGCCAUGGUCGCACGAACCGUUAAAAUAGCAACCGGACGUGACUUAACAGUUUUAUUAUGACUUUCCUCUUUGCUUCUCCCAAAAGAGUUAUUUUCCUGAGACCACUCUGCUCCGCGCACUCUGUGGUCGUGGGUUCCUCCUCCUGCAGGGGCGGAGCGGUCUUCUAGCUGGCGGUGCGGAUACCUUUGAAGGUAAGGGAUGCUGAGCUGAAAGCGGGGGGGGGGGGGGGCGUGUGCGCGCAGCAGUGAAGGGGAAAGGGGAGCUGGGGUGGGGAGGAGGGUGCAGAACUUCGGCAGCAUUCGUGGGGGUGCCUUUUAUUGCGCUUAAUUGAGACUGCUCGCCGGUAGGACAUGUGAGCCCCCAGGAGAAAGUGCCUCUGAACACGCCCAGAGUGCAUUUCCCACGCCGAAAAAAAGUCACAACUCAUAAGGGAUUAAGGGGGGGGGGGAGAGAAAAGGGCAGCUGGUGUAGAGAGCGCCGUGCGUGUUUGUUCAGUUUCCUCAGAAGUAAGUCCUAUUGUCAGUCACUGAGGGUUACUCCCGAGUAAGUGGCAGAAUUGCAGCCCAUAGGCAGACAGCGCUCUACGCCCCCCUCCCACCGCCACUUCUUGUUUAGAUAUGAAAUAGUGGUAUCUGUUGAUGGGUUUUACAGGGGGUGGGGGUUUAAUUAACGUAAAUUCAAAAGUACAAAGAAGAAAACAUAAUCAUAGGAGCAGUGCAGAGAUAGUAUUUUCCAAAUAAACAGAUAGCAGACAAUGAGGGGAAAUAAAGGCAGAAAAACACAUCAUGAAAGCCAAAUUUCAUGACUUGGUGGCAUGUUUGUAUAGCUGAAUCUGGCACAAAAAAAUCAAAUCCUACUAAACCUGUUGCUUGAUUCUCGAAAGGAAUGCUGAGAUGUCGAUCCUGGGGCAUAUAUAGAUGGAAGGGUUUGCCCUGGGGAAGCUCUCCCUUGCAAAUCUAAUGGAUGUACUCAUGUUUUUAUUAGUAUCAAAUACGUUCCCCACAAUGAAUCUGCUUGGCAUGAAUAAUGCUCCCUCUGUUCCUCCUCUACUCCUGUCUCCAAUGCAAGUCAGAACUGGGAAAGGAGGUUUUUUUUGUCAUUUGUUCAAGUUGUGGGCUAUAUGUUUACGGUAUAUUGUCAGGGGCCACACAAAGAGAUUGGCUGAGGUGCCUCUGCACUCAUGUAUGCUAACGACUUGUGUAGUCCAUAUUUGUUUAACGGAGUAGCCAUGCUCCCCUCCUGACUUAUUUUCAAUGGAAAUAAAUAUGUAUAACUCUUUCUGCCAUGUGCCUUGGCUCUAACAAAAUGUCAUUUCUACCAGCAUUUCACUAGGACGUUUUGUGCAAGCGGAAUACAGUGGUACCUCAGGUUACAGACGCUUCAGUUUACAGACUCCGCUAACCCAGAAAUAGUACCUCGGGUUAAGAGCUUUGCUUCAGGAUGAGAACAGAAAUCGCGUGGCGGCAGCGGGAGACCCCAUUGGCUAAAAUGGUGCCUCAGGUUAAGAACAGUUUCAGGUUAAGAAUGGACCUCCAGAACAAAUUAAGUUCUUAACCCGAGGUACCACUGUACUCACUUUGACUACUGCAAAAACCUGUUUGCUUCAGCCUAGCAUUCCACAAGCAGCUCUUAUGUCUUCCUCUCUAAUACAUUUGACACUAUUCUUUCCCUUCCACUCUUUUCCAUCUGCAUAUAAGGAACUGCUGGGUGCUAAGAACCACAACCUGCUAGCUUUCUACUGCAUUAAGGCAUAUGGCACAACUCUGAUGCGGAGAAGAACAUGACAGAUGUUGGGUUAUGGCUCUUUAAGAUUUGAACAAAGGUCUUUCGUGGGCUUCCUUCCUAGCACCUUUUAAUCUGGUAACUCAGGAAUUGGACUAGAAUCAUUUGUGUGCAGCAUGCAUCUCCCAUCACUGAAGUAGCCUUUGCCACAUCUGAAUGAUUUAUUCCUUGUUUUCCCUGAUUUCCAAGCCAUUAUCCCACUCUUCAUACCAGGGAUAGGGUAUUGGCAAAACCUAUUGGUGUUUCGCAACUUUCUGACUAGUUGCAGGACCUUAGCCAGACCCAGCAGAGUACACGCAGAAUCCAUGGAAGCAAUUGGCAACUUGGCUGCAGACAGGAUAGACGAAGCAGGAACCAGGAACUUAUAGUUAGGUGUUUAUUAUAUACAGUGGACUAUUUACAGGAACAGAACACAGAUCUUUAGCUAGCUCUCUCAUACACGACUCACAACUCCUACACUGACUGACACACUGAACUCCAAAACUCUCAACUACCAUUUAGUAGGCCAUUAAGUAUCACUCCCUUGAGAGAGCUUGACCAAUCAGGGAGCGGUCUCAAUGCCUCUGUUAUCUCCAGGCAGACUUACUCCUUCAGAUUGCCUUCUGGCUGUCUGCCAAACCUUAAUUGGCUCUGUGUGAGUAUCUGCACGUACAUAGUUUCCCAACAUAGGGAACCUCCAGAUCAGGGAUGCACAACCUGAGACCCUCCAGAUGUUGGACUACACCUCUCAUCAUCCCUGAUCACUGGCUAGGCUGGCUGGGGCUGAUGGGAGUUGUAGUCCAGAAACAUCUGGAAUGCCACAGGUUGUGCACCCCUGAUCUGGAUGAGUAACUGUUGAAAUAAAAAUAUCUGGCUUCUAGCAAGAAUGCAACUUAAUGUCCCAUGAACUGGAAAGGACAUUAAGUUGCCUUCUUGCUAGAAGUACCCAACGUGGUGCCCUCCAGGUGUUGUUGGACUACAACUCCCAUCAUCCCUGAUUAAUGGCAAUGCUUGGUAGGACUGAUGGGAAUUGGAGUUCAACAACUUCUGAAGGGUACCAUGUUGGCUACCCCAAAUGGCUUUGCGGUUUUAUUACAAUUAAGCAGUAUAUAUACAGUGUUUAAAAAUAAACUACAGGCGGCAACCGUUUCAGGCAUGCCCAAUUGACGCACAACUGUGCACGCAAGCAUCAUGCUGGCUCACACUUGCUCUGCCGACGCCAGUGGGGGUUAGGAAAGGAACCCCCGUGCAAAAUUGUGGUUGCCUGUUAAGCAAUUGGAAAGUGUGUUUGAAGUUGCCAGAGAAGGGAUGUCAGGCAGGAACAAAGACUUGCCUGGCUUUUUUUAUGUUUGUCUGGCACAUAAUUUUUUUGAACUGCUGAAGCACCUGGAAGUAAAUCUGAGCUCUGCUGAAUGUUACAUGGCUUUUAGUGUCACUGUGAGUCAGUCCAGACUUACUGGCCUGAUCCUAAUGUAGCUUCUCUGUGCUCUGCAGGUGCCUUGCCAUCUGCUAAGUUAUCAGUGUACCCUUCUAUCAUCUUAGCUGUGGCUUGCUUUAACUGCAGAGCAGAACAGAGUGUACACAGCCCUCCCCAACCCUGGAGCCAUCCAAAUGUCCUGGAAUCCAACUCCCAUCGGCCCCAGCAAACAUGGUCCAGUCCAUGGUCAGGAAUGGUGAGAACUGUAGUCCAAAACACCUGGAAGGUCCCAGGUUGUGAAAGCUUGUGGCUGAACCACCUCAUCAUAGUUUACCUGCCCCUCCAUUGCUAUAAGAGGACUCCCCAUCCUGAUUACACUUUGACAAACCUUGAUCAUACAUCCACAAGUUAGGCAGAAGGUCCCAGGUUCAAACCCUGGCAUUUCCAGGUGAGUUUGGGAGCCCCUUCUGUCUGAAACCCUCUUCCAGUCAGGGUAGAGAAUAUUGAGCUAGAUGGACAAAUGGUCGGAGUAUAAGACAGUUUCCUAUAUUCCUAAAUCCUCUAGGCAUUGCUAGAUAACUUCUGUGUUCCAUGAAGUAUUUAACACAUUGCUGGUACUAAAUAAACUUCUUGUAAUACAUGAUGACAUGUUAAUCUUCUUGGCAUGGUUUUCUUUUGCCAUCAGUCCAUGGCUGGGUUUUUAAAUUUUGUAUAUGUGUAAUCAGGAGUGAAGAAUCUCUAAUCUUGCUGAUGUUAUUGGACUCCCAACUCUCAUCAACCUGAACCAUCAUGGCAGUCAGUGUUUUGAGGCAGGAAAAUUCCAGUGCUUUCCCCCCCGCCGAAAAUUGUGUUUCAUAAGUUCAUUAGUAACAAUGGAUAAUAUUAGGCAAAAUUGGCAGCUCCAGAGCUGUAAUUAAUGUUUUUCAGGUGAUUAUCCCUAGCAAAUUUGCGAGUCAGCAUAUCACACACAGUUCUUUGGGUUGCUAAAGCUUAUUAGUGUGUCAACGGCUUUCAGUACUUUGGUAGUUUUUAAACAAUGUAAAGGAAACCCUUGCUAUUGUCGUUUCAUUUUCACAAACAUUCCACUAAAACAUACUGCAAAAUGUAACAUUUAAACUGCAUUAAGUAAGCUUUCAAUUUACCCUUCAGAUAUUUGAGGUCAAAUGCUUUUGGUGCAUCCCGGCAAAAGACUGGCGCAGAGUACUUUUUGAAAUCUUUGCUUACUAAAUACAGUUAAAAUAAACAUGGUGAAUUUGACUGCUUGUUGAUGGCAUCGGAAAAUUUUCUGAUACGAACCAAAAAAAUAUGUAAAUCAGUCCAUGCAAAUUAGCCUGAUUUACAUAGGCGGUUCCCCGGCAAUUUUCCAAUUGAUUUUUUUGGGGGGGGGGGGGCAAAGCCACAUCACUAGUUGUGUGCUGUCAGCCAUCCAAACAUCUGAACCCUUCAUGAUGGAACAGCAAUUCAACAGUAACUGGAUGGUGUCACCUAUGCUUGCAAACGUAAUAAGUUUGGCUCUUCAGUUCUCUAGUAAAAGCACCCAUAGGUUUUACUUGUUUAUUCAUUUUGAUACCUAUGCCUAACCUAACAACUUAAAAAACAGUUUGAAGACUAAUAAACACAGAAAGGCAGCCAUUAAAUGUUGAAAUACAAGAGAGAGAGAGAGAGAGAGAGAGAGCGCGCCACCAAAAUAAUUUAACCAUAGCAGUGAAAACCACUUUGGAAAAUGAGCAACCACUUGUGGCUCAAAAGCUGCACUAAAAAGGAAAGUUGUGGUCUCCAGGAUCCGUGAAAUGUUGAGGGUCAGUUUAAGGAUUACAUUAAUGGGGAAGGCACUGGCUUGCUUAAGCCCCUCACAUGGGUGUGGCCCUCCAAACCUCUUGAUCUGGCCCUUAAGAUUCGCCUCAGGCCACACCCCUUACCAGCCCUACUCUGCACUCUUUUCCCUGACUGAAACUUGCUCAGUUGGAUAAAGGUUGAAGAGAUGUGAGCGGUGUAGAAACCUCGAACGUGUGGCUGGAACGUACCAGCCACACAAGAAGUCAAUUCUGUUGCUGUGCCUGCUUUUGCUUCUGAACCUACCCAGCACUAGACGCCCUCAAGGGAGGGCCAGUCUUGCUCUGUGGAUAAAGGUUCCCCUUCCACCUACCUUAACAUCUGAUACAGGAUGAACCAAAAGUAAGUGUACAGGUACUGCUUUGGAAUCUAUUUUCUUUGUUCUCAUCAUUCACAAUAUCAGUAAAGAAAAAAAAUCAUUCGUUUUUCUGAAAAGUAUACCUACUUUUGGGCUACCCUGUAGUAUCUCAGAGGAAGGUAUGAAAUGUGAGCUGAGUGGAACCCUCACCUACAAAGCGCCUUUGGAGUUGGAGGUGGGUGCAUGCAUCUAUGUUAGUAUAUACUGCAGUGUUGUUGUAGUUUUGCAGCAGCCCAGUUGUUAUACAGUAUGAUUGCAUCUUAUGCACAUUUAACUUGUGCAAUUUUAACCAUGUGCAGUUGAAAUUUCACAUUUUAAGUGCAAGAAAAUCUGAGAGCUUCAAAUCUCUUUUUGUGCAGGAUUUGUUUUGUUUCUUCGUUUUGCCUUGCUGGAGAAGCAAGGCCCUCUCUAUGCGCCGGGUCUAGGGUGCUCUUGCAAGAGUGUGCAGGAACUUGGAUUUCAGUGACAAACCUAGGGGUCUCAAAUUUCAGCAGAUCCUAUGUGGGAUGCCAAAAUUUGACAAAUACCCCCCCCUCCAUUCUGCAUCAUAGUUAUAGCACCCUUGAUGGUCUGCAGCCAGUUUAACUGAACCAGCCAUACUACCCUAAAUUUGCCUCUGCAGAUAGCCUUGCGAGGACAUAUUGGCAGAGAGAUGGGGAAACCAGUUUGGAAAGGAGCUUUCAAGCUUUCUGCCUUGGUUAGGGGUGUAAAUCUUUUGGUAAGCAAGCUCCAGAAGCCUCAGGUUGCUUGUGCAAGGAUAGUUGGUUCCAAGUGUUUGAGUAUAUGUGUUUUUGUUUAUAUGUGGAACUCUUGGAACCUAUCAUGCUGUAUCUCUAUUUUUUGUAGUCACAGCAUCCUCUGUGCAAACAGAGCAAAAAGCCUCUCUGGAGACCUGAAGUCACCAUGGCCUUCCUUUUAUUUUAUUUCAUUUUUUUCCCUUGGAAAGCACUUAGCUCUUUGCUUUGCUUGCUUUGCUUUUUCAAUUUUUUUUUUUAAAAAAGCACCAGUAAGCUGCCUUGACCUCUGACCAACUUCAGGGAGGGGAUAUACUGGUAGCUGAAGGACUGUUUCCCCCUCCUUAGAUCAUCACAGGGAAGCUGUUCUGUUGCUCAGCAGCUUCCCACGGGCUGCAGCUGCACUUGGUUGGAAUGAGCUGCGGAUUUCAUCCUGCUUAUGUUCAGCUGAAGCUCAGAGGUAAACUUUGCUUGACGACAAAGUAAUUGCUCAGCCUUUCCCUAAAAAGCAAGGAAGUGUUCAGGGAUGUUGAGGAUAACAGAAAAUUUACCUCUGAACUGUUUCUGUUACCAACUGGUCAUUGUAAGAGCCAUAGUUGUUCCCCUUGAUUUCUAAUUCUAAAUUUAAUUUGGCAAUUUUAUUUGCUUAGUUGUGUAUAUGAUUGUACAUUGUACGCAAAUUGCCAUGAUUGGUGGCUGAUGCAAAUUUCCAUCGUUGAUCUCUGUGUGUCUGCCAGCCUUUGGCUCCUUAACCAUGUUGAAUUAUUGUAAAGGUUAAAGGUGCAUGCAAAAUCUCUGGAUGUGAGCCACGAGCACCUGGGAUCAGUGCCAGCUGGAAAUCACUGGACCUGGUGGGGGUAGCCAAGGGGUCGCCAGACGUGUGGUCAUUUAGUUCUGCUUUCCUCCCCAUUUUCCUCCCUUGCAAAGAUACUGUGGGCAUUUAAGCAGUGCAGGAGUAAAAAUAAUGGUUGGGCUCUGCCCCAUCUUGCCCUCGUAACCAGCCUCUCAUGCAUGGAAUUGAAUAUACAGAAUCGCCUGGACUGAUUAGAUCAAGGGCUGUGAGCCCUUUAGCUGUGAAAUAUAUUCAGUCUGUCUCUGGCAACCUUUGAUACUGGAACGGGAAAGGUGACAGAGACUGUGUGUGGGGAAGGAGAUAACAGCUUUUAACUCCAGGCUCUUGGCAACCCAGGAGAGUCUUGUUGGCAGGUUUGUUGGAGCAAGCAUAGGUUUGUAACAACUUUCUGUUCAGUUUCUGCAUACGCAUUCAUGCCAGUUAGGCUCUUGGAAUUACAGUCAUUUAAAUUUCUCAUUGAUGCUUAGAGAAACUUCAUGUCAAAAUGAGCAAUUCCACUCUUCAGGUUUGUUUUUCUCUCUUGAGCUGCUUUCUAGGAAUCAAAAGCAGGGAUCUAAGAGCUAAUUCUGCAGUUGAUGGUACUGAGUGGUCUGUUGGUUGUUCCUCUCUUGAUUUAACACAAGGAUCAUAUUUUUCUCUGUGUUUUAUGUUUGCAUUUUAUCAGUGUGAAUUAGUUUCUUCUCCCUUUGGAAAGAGUUUUGGGAGCAAAUGCAUUAGGAGAACAUAGCAAAAGUGGUUUUUCUUGCUGACUUUAAUUAAAGGGCCUUUUUUAUCAGACAAACUUAAGUUGGCAUUGGGAAAAAAUGCAAGCUUUUGCAUUUCACAGCGCUCUUGGUUAAACAAAACAAAAAAAGGUGCAGAACGUCGGCAAUAGAAAGCAGGUGGUUGAAAAAUAUGUCUUUGCUGCCAACAGGCAAUUCACCUGAAACUCGAAAGUUUGCAACUUCUUGUAGCAGCGAAAUCAGUCUGAUAAAAGUAUAUUAUGUCCCCUGCUUUAUGCUUUGAGAGCAGCAUCAUAGCCACAGUCUAGCAGGUAACCACUCAUCGAUAAUGUGAGGGUCUCAAAGGGUCAGCUGCAGCUAUUAAGAAUCAUUCUUGCUAACUUAUCUGUUGAUGAUAAAUGUGAACUCUGAUGUCUAUGUUAUGUUCUUCAUGUGAAUUGCUUCACGGUAUCAUCUUUGUCAACUCUCUUUAAAAAGCUGUAAUAGGAAACUGACUUGUAUACAGUUGAACCCUAGGUCUGUCUAGCUUGGUUUUGUCUGCACUAACUGGCAGCUGCUCUCCAGGGUUUCAGGCAGGAAACCUGUCUGGGGAUAUCAGGGCUUGAAUGUAAAAUGCAAAUGAUGCAUCUACCACUGAGCUGCCUGUUACACUAUGAACAUAGGGAGCUUCCUUAUACUAUACUGAGUUCAUCUACUAUACAUUGGUUCAUCUAGCUGACUUGCAGUGUGGAUCUCAGGGUUUCAGGCAGGGAAUUUUUCUCAGCCAUACCUAGAGAUGCUGGGAAUUGAACCCUGUUGGCUGUUUUGGUCUGUUUAACCUGGUUCUAUUGUUCUAGUGGUGCUGUGCCAACAAUGCAUAUUGUAAACUGCCCCGUGAUCCUCAGAUGAAGGGCGGUAUAGAAAUUUAAUAAACAACAACGAAAUUAUAAUACGGAUAAGAUUAAAAUGCUGGGAAUUGCAGCUGGCCAUUAAAUGUACCUAGGAUUGAAGUUCUCAGUAGAUGAAAGGAGGGUUGGCCCACCCAUGAGGCAAGAUGAGGUGACCACCUCAGACAGCAGAAUCCACAGGGGCAGCGGAUCCAACCUGCAAUGAAUGCAUUGCUCACUGUUGCUGCGACUGCAGCCCCCCCUUGUUCCCAGUGUAGAUCUUUGUGUUCAUCUCAAGUGCCAAAAUGUCUUGAACCAGCCUUGGAUGAAAUGAAUGUUUAGACCCUGCUGAACCUUACAUCUCAUGCUAGCACGGUCACAAAACAAUUGCUGUGAGAAUGGUUGAAUUAGUGCUCUGGGUCCUGCUUUUGGAGUUUUUCUACAGUUAUGAGCAACUUUCUGCAGCCCUCCUUCCCUCCUCCUCUUGUGUUUUCUUUCCAUCACUGCCAUACCAGUUCUGUUUUUUGCCUUGAGCUGAGAUAUAAAGGCAGUUGCAUAACUUUGUGAAAUAUCUCCAUAAAGAUUAGAAUACCUACUUGACCUCUCUGUUGUGUGACCUAAACCAGUAGUCAAGUAAGGAUGCUGCUGGCAUUGAUAAAUCCCUGCUUGGUUGUCACUAGGAUUUGGGAAGAGUGGGGGUGCUCUUGCAGGUAGGGACACCACAUAUGAGAACUUGGGAAGCUGCUUUACCCCAAGCUAGACUAUUGAUCCACCUAACUCAGUGUUGUCUGUACUGACUGGCAGUAGCUCUCAAGGGUUUCAGACAGGAAUCUUUCCCCGCCUUACUUGGAGAUGAUGGAGAUUGACACCUUCUGUAUGAAAAGCAUGUGUUUAACCACUGGGCUAUAAUCUGUUCCCCUCUCACUGAGAUCCUGUACAGCUCUGCCAGUCAGAAUAGGCAAUACUGAACUAUAUGAACAAGUACUCUGACUUGAUAAUCUGACAACCCUGUAUGUUCCUAAAUCCACUUCAGCAGGUGCUUAUUUGCAGCCAAUCUCUACUCAAUCAUGUCUCCCAGCAGAUUAAGUUAGCAGGACGUGUGCUGCUGUGCCACACCAUGGUUCCUAUCAUAUAAUUGCCAGGUGCAGAGGACUGAUUGAUUACAGCAGGCCAUUUACGUGACUGUUGCCAGCAAAAGACCCAAGAGUUACUGGCCUAAUUCUCUUUCCUGCUGUCAUCACACAACCUAGCAGCUGACACACUCAAGUCCCAUUAGCACCCAGAACAGCAGUCUCCCAAUUGCAGUCGGAUUUAGCAAGUGUCUGAGAUGUGGGUGUGAUCAAUCACCCACAACAUGGCCUUGGCCUUAUCUCUUCAUUGCAAAUAACUCUUGAUUGUUCUAAAGGUUCCUCUCCAGGUGAAUGCGGAUAAACCCCACACAGUGUUGGUUGGGAGGGAGGUAAGGUAUUUUCAGCUUCAUGGAAUUCUGUUGCACAACAGCCCUGCUUACCUGUUCAUAUGAAAAGGACAAAACCCAGCAGCGACCCCCCAAAUCAGCAUCUUGGCUGAGGAUGCUGCAGGUUUCCCCCCCAAGAGACCAGCUGCAUAUCAGGUGGCGCAGCUGUAAUCUAGGGUUUCACCCAUAGUGUCUUUCUCGUCUUCUAUCGUCACACACACAGCUCCUUGCAUGCAGAGCAUCAAGCAUGGAUUGCAGUGUGGUUUCAAAACUCUUUCUAACAAUGGCACGUGAGUGAGGGUCUCUCCCUGUUUGGUCUCCCUUUCCCAGGAUGUGGGGUCGUCAGCUGAUUCACCUGCUCUCUAGCUCCCAGCGGCUACUGAAGAAAAGUCCCAGGUGCCGGGUGCCAUGGCUGCUCAACUUCAGGAAAACCCUUCCAAGUCUGACCCGUUGGCAUCACACAGCCCCAGAGUCGCUGAAGUGUGCCUGGCAAUUAAACGAUGAUCACUUGGGUAAGGAGCCUGGGGGUGAGGGGCUUUGAAGGGCUGGGAAGAAUAAAUGUCAGAGCAUGUGAGUGGCUUCCUGGGCAAAAGCGCUUCCAUUCAAGAUGCCAGCCAGCCGUGCUGCUUUCUUAGGACAUUCAGUUUUCCCCUCCAUGCAGUUAGUCAAUCAGCAUUCCAUGCCUGUAGAGCAAACCCAGCCUUCAUUGAGCUGUGUGAGUCCUCUUUUUCUUUAGGGUCUCCCUCCCCCCAGGGUUUUUUGUACUUUUGUAAACCUCGGAAUUCCCCCAAGCUUGCUUGAAGCUGACUUCUUGCGAGUCAGUUGGUGCCGUCUUGGCUGUGUUGCCAUGCACGCUUGCAGAAUGUGUUCGUUAUUAGAAGGUCGCAUCCAUAUUGUACAUUUGAAGCACAUUCACGCCACUUUAAUAGUCAUGGUCCUAGGAUUCUUUGGGGUUGCUUUAAAUGUGUGGGAUGCGUGUGACCUAAAUUAGCUGCUAUUAAAAGUUUCUGGCAAAGAAUGGGAUUUCAUUUGGAAGAAAAUCCUCCUUACUGUUUCUUGCAUUUAGCCAAGUGGUGUGUGCAUGUGUCUUUCCUAGAGCUGAAAUAUGGGGAUGUCCUCAUGCGCUUUGACUACGUCUGGCUACGUGAUCACUGCCGCUCGGCUUCCUGCUACAAUACCAAGACCAACCAGCGCAGCUUGGACACAGCCAGUGUGGAUCUGUGCAUUAGGCCAAAGAGCGUCCGUGUGGAUGAAACUACACUCUUUCUUACCUGUGAGUCCAUGGAGCGUUGUUUUCUGGGGUUUAGACGAGGAGGGAGCAGGGGAGGAUGCAGAGAAGGAUUUCUCAAGAGCACAAGUUGAGUAAAGAAGAAACCAAGAGGCUUUUCCCGUUUAUUUGUGGUAAAAGAAGAGGAAACUUGAAGUUCUUUGAACAUCUAAAGAAAAGGAACCUGUAAAAGAUGGGUUCACGCCCAUCUUCAUGACUUUGCUAGCGAUCCUGAUACCAAGAAUUUGCUUCUUAAGGAUUCCUACAAAGUAAUUUUUUUAAUAUAAAAAAAAAAAUCCAACACAGAAGGAGUCCAUAGGGUUUCUUAAAGAUUUAAAAGUAAGUCAUAAUAAAAUAAGUUCAAAUAUGGUUCUGUUACGGCCACAAGACUAAUAGGAAGUAAAUAAGACAUAGCAUAAAACAUAAAUGGUUGUUUUCCUUGUUGCUCUUGUUGCCCUUUUGCUGAGGCAGGUCUACAAAAUUGGCAAAGAAGCAAAAACAGAAAGGAUAUUCCUGGCAGGAAUCAGGAAUUAAUGAAGAAGUAUUCUCAAAUCAUAUGCAACUAUGAUUUUGGAUUACAGUAAUUAAUAUUUUUGAGAGACUUAAUUACAUUUUCUAUUUUUCUCAGUUAUUAUUCUUCAAAACUCAGUAAUAGUGUCCUGUAAAUACCUUUUGUACUUUAACCAUGGGAAAUAGCUAAACCAAAUAAGCAACAUCACUUCAGCAAACAGCUGAUUCCAUACUCAAAACCAUAAAAAUUCUCUAAGACAUUUAAACAAAUACUUAAGAGCAUCCAGACAGGCAGUGUUAACUAUGUGCACACUUAAUAAUUAUUAUGCCUUCUUCUUUGAAUCCGUUUAGAUGUCAUCUUAAAUAUUGAUCAAUUAUUGAGUUUAAUUGUUGGUAUCGCCUUCUCAUAGGAAUCCAUUUAGAUGUUGCCUUGUAUAGUCAUCAAGUUUCCAUUCUCGUUAUACACCUAUCCAAUUGCAACUUCACACAUUCUCACACCCUCAUACUGUUUCACGUGUUCUUGGAUUAAAAAGCAAGCUUAAUUGUCAAAAGUAGGUUUAAUCAAAAUUUGCUAUUAAAUAAUACAAAUAGAUAUAAAUAGAUCCUAAAAAUAGACCCUCUCCUGUGGACUUGAAUUUUAUACCCCUAUAUUUAUUCAGUUGCUUUUAUUGCUUUUUACUGUUCUGUAUACUGUGUGUACUGGACACUUCUGAACUCCUAUUAAUUUGGACUUCAGGCUUACUUCACUGAGCUGUCUUUCUGAACUGACUGAGCAAUAUUCUUAUUCUGUCUCCUAACAAUUCUUAGUACAAAAUAACAGCCAAAACCAUUUAAAGACUCCUUCUAGUCAAUGAGUAACCAGCAUUCAUGGGAGACUGCUGGGGUCAAAGGUUGCUGAGAACUCAGCAAUUUUUCCCAAGACAUAGGCUUUCGAGCUUCAGCAAAUGUCACAUACCACAUCACUGCAGACAAAUGUCCAAUAAGGAUUUUUAUUUAAUAGCAAAAUAAAUAAACAAAAACAAGUAAACCAAUCACACCCUUUCACAGCAAAAGCUUCUAGACUUACAAACUCAGAAGCAGUGUAAGAAAACAAAUCUCCAUUGAUGAAGCACCACACACAGUCCAAAUCACAGCAGCACAGAAUUUGAGCCCCACCUUUAUACUUCCUUGUCUCUCCUCCUGUGACUAUUAAUUUUCAUUCCUAAAAUGGCAAAGGGUCUUAAAAUAGCCAACAUUAUUUCCUGCUUUUGAUGAUUCUGCCCAUGCAUGAAACCUAUAGCUCCUUGGGCAUUCUGUUGUUCCAGGUAUGAUUUGCGCCUGUUUUUAGAAAGAUUAAUCACCUCCUUGUUUUUAACGACAUAAAGUGCUGUUAGCUGCUUGGUUACAGGAAAUUGAUAUUUGGAAACUUCAACAGAACAUCAAUACAUCCUCUAGUCUACUUCUAUUUAAUAUUUAGCUAGUACCUAAUAACUAAAAAGUAAUUUCUUACUUAGGGAAAGCAUAAUACAGAGGUUUAAUUCUUAGAGAACAGCCUUAGAAGAGACCCUGUGAUUGUUAUAUGUGUUUUCCUGCUGAUAAGAGUCCUGCUGUGUUAAGCCAAAAGCCCAACUCGUCCAGCAUUCUGUUCUCACAGGGCCCAACCAAAUGCCUAUGGGAAGCAUGCAAGCUUCUCCCUUGAUUAAGUGUUGUUUUGAGAAGAAGUCCUUCUGUAAACUGAGGGCAUGAGAAACAACUGCCCUCUGGCUGGCUCUGGUUUUAGAUGAAAGUGAAGUUGUUACUGCUUAUUUACUUGUACUUGAAUAUUUUCAUUAUAAAUAUACAGAACAACAAGUUCAGCAAGUUUGGUCAUUUCAGCCAUAUGCUAAACCUUAUCAAAUCAAACCACUCUUUUAGUAUUUCAUUCAGUUUUGUUUUAUUUUUAAAACUCAUGUUCUACCUUAUUCUGCAAAGAAGCUCAAGGCAGCUAAAUGUAGUAAAGGCAAAACAAACAUAAGCCCCAGAAAAUCCCAAUGUGCACUCAAAAUAACCUCAGUAUGCAACCAAAUUCCAGUUGCAUAAAUCUAGGCGUAGAACCAACCCAGCAAAAUAUUGCAGAGUUAAUGCAGGACUUCUUCACAUAGAAGAAGGUGAGCCUUUAGGUUUGAUCAGGACUGGGAAGCCUGUGGCUUUUUCUGUUGUCUAGAGUCCAGCUUCCAUCACCCCUGAUCAUUGGUUGUACUGUCAGGGGCUGAUGGAAGUUGGAGUCCAACAACAUCUGAAAUCCCAACAACAGCUUUCCCUAGCCCUGGGUUGCAUUGACGCUACAUAGAAGAUCAAAGGGUUGCACAAAAGGCUGCUGGAAGAAACAGACUGUGGACUCUCUAUGUGUUUCUCUCUCUUUUUCUCUGAUCAUAAAAGGCUUAUCAGUUACCCAGAUCUGCCUUUAGCAUUUUGAAAAAUGUUUGCACUAAUCCUGUCUGUUUCCCAGGGCCAGAUGGCCACGUGACGAGGUACGGGUUGGAAUGGCUCCUGAAGAACAGCUACGAAGGGCAGAAGCAGCAGGUCAUGCAGCCACGCAUUCUCUGGAAUGCUCAGAUCUACCAGGAAGCCCAAGUGCCCUCAGUGGACUGCCAGAGCUUCCUCGAGACCAACGAGGGCCUGAGAGAGUUCUUGCAGAACUUCUUGCUCUACGGGAUCGCAUUUGUGGAAAACGUCCCCCCAACCAAAGAAGACACCGAGAUCUUAGCAGAGAGGAUCAGCUUGAUCAGGUAAGUGUGGGUGUUUUGGUAAGUGGAAAUAUGUUGGGGGCUUGCCUGGGUUGGGUCACAACACUGCUGUGCUUCUCCUCUGACUGAGCUGAGAAAGGAGUGUAGCAUUCCGGAGUCUGCAGCCUUUGCAUUCAGCAUCUCCUGCUGAUGCUCAUAGGGCUGGAAAGAGACUCGGAAGCAUUGACCUCUGACCCUGCAGAUGUUGUUGGACUCCAGCUCUCAUCAGACCCAGCCAGUGGCUAUGGAUUAUUUUAGUCCGGAGACAUAUGAAGUGCUGCAUCUUCUCCACCCCUGUGUUAAAAAGAAUUUAGGCAGGAUGAGAGUUGCAAAGCACUUUAUAUAUGCAACGAAGGGUACUUUUUAAAAAGCACAUUUUAUUUAUUAUCUUGCAAAGCACCUUCUAAAUGCAAAAUGUGUGUUCUACCACUGAUAUAUGGUUUAAUCCAGUCUUCAGCUGCCUGGUGCCCUCUAGGUGUUUUAGACUGAAAUGCCCAUCAGCUCCUGUGCUAGAUAAGGCUGAUGGGAGUUGCAGUCAAAAAAAUCUGGAGUGCUCCAGGUUUGUUUAGUCCUUGUCUACCUGCAUCAGUUGCAUCUGGGCCCUGGUGGUUGUGGCAUUUCUUCUCAUGCCCUAGAUAAUGUGCUCCAUGCUGAUGUCUAUUGAGGAUUAUUGUGUUGCUGCACAGAACUGGGGUUUAUUUUUCUUCCUGCUCGCAAUAAAGAAGGUGGGGGGAAGAGUACCAUCUUUUCCUUUAGCAUUUGUUCAAGAGCUGCCGGAGCUGAGCAUAGAACAAGGAGCAAGUUCUUUUGGCAGGCUGGGAACAUUUUAGUGUUCACGCCAAUCACUGCUUCCUGUUUUCCCUGGAAAGGUUAGGAGAAACAGCCUCAGCCCCUGGAGACCCGAAGACCAAAGCAGUGCUUGGGACGUCAGAGGAAAGUACAAGGAAUGUUUCUCUUCUCCGCCCCUUCCAAUUUAAACUGCAGUUGUCAGGUUGACCCUGGAUUGCCCUGGGGGAUUAGGAAAGAAGGGAUUUAUACCAGCUGCCUGCCUGCCAGCUCCCUUUCUCUCCAGCCUGGAAGUGGCCUGAGCAGCCUCUUUGGCCUGGGAGCUUCUAGUCUGUCUUGCCGCUGUGUCUGAUAAUUGUUCCUUUCAACCCCUCCCAUGCGUGGCUUGUUCUUAAGGCUGGAUUCUCUUUUCAUCUUCUCAAAUCCACCCAGAUUCGUUCUCGCUGUAGUAAAUAUUGUUACUCCUGAAAGAUUGGCAUGUGCAGACAACAUUCGGACUUGCUAUCCUUAACCCCAGAAGGAAAUUCAGGACUGGGUUCAGAGAGAAAUAGCUGAAGUAGGAAUAGCUGAUUGCGGGUGUUUAGAUAAGCAGAGGGAGACCCUCUUGGCAGUUCCAUCACACUCAGAAGUUCAGUGGCCCAGGAAAGGGCAUUCUCUUUGACAGCCUUUUAAGUUGUAGAAAUUCCUCCUCACAGAGAUGUGUCUGGAACCUUCAAGAUAUUGUUUCUGCCUUAUGCUGAAGACACUCCUCUUUCCUCCGGACUUUGAUACCCAAGAUGUGUAUUUUCAGGAACUCACCUGUUCUUGUAAUUUAUUUAUUUAUUAUAUUUAUAUGUUGCCCCUUCGUCGAAAGAUCUAACUCCAUGCACGCUUCCAAGUCUGCGGAAAUUACGUCUGAGCAAGCAAAAAUAGAAUUGGUUUGCACAGGUGUUGCUUCACCUGCCCAUUCGCAUGAGUUGUCAUCAAGCCCACCUGCCGUGGCUUUAGUGGUUGGUGCCAACACAGAGGCCUUUAUGUGUGUGCUUCUCUCUCUCUCCUUUUCCAGGGAGACUAUCUACGGCAGGAUGUGGCACUUCACCUCUGACUUCUCCCGGGGAGACACAGCCUACACCAAGCUGGCUUUGGACCGUCACACAGAUACCACUUAUUUCCAGGAACCCUGUGGGUAUGUUCCAAUGGCCUAAGAGGCAGGGACUGACACGAGUCACAAAUGCACUGCUCCUUUUUGUCAUGAUCAGGUUUAACCACAUCUAUCCUGGUUACGUCUUUAGAACGGCCUACAUUGGGCUUCCGUCCAAGCGUUGUCUAGGUGAUUAAGUAAGUAAUGCAGAUGUAUUUUAAGUUAUCCUGAGGCCUGAAUUGUUUAACAAAUUUACAUGGCACAUCUAGUCCAGCAUCCUUUUCCCCACAGUGGCCAACCAGAUGCCUGUGGUAUGCCAGGGAACAGAGCGUGAGCACAAGGGCAACUCUCCCCUCCUGUGGUUUCCAACAGCUGGUAUUGCUGCCUCUGACUGUGGAGCUAGAAGCCAUUGAUAGCCUUCUCCUCUAUGAAUUUCCCUAAUCUUCUUUUAAAGCCCUCCAUCACUGCCACCUGGGAGAGAGAGUUCUAUAGUUUGACUCUGAGCUGCGUGAAACACUUUUUUUAACCUGUGCUAAAUCUUCCAAUAACUACCCCAUUCCUACCCCAUCUUACAGGGUUCAGGGAACCCCCCUUCCAGAGUAGUCAGGUUCACUUUACCUCAAGAAAUGCUGUAGAGUUUGUGGGGCAUUCACUUUUGGAGUCUGCUAUGACUUCAGUCAUUGUCAGUAGGGCAGGAUCCCCUGAGCUCAUUAACAGUGGCUGCACCUGCAAUUAGGAGCCAGCCUAUUAAGAAUCAUAGGAAGCUGUUUUUAAAUCAGAGCCAUAGCUUAGUGGUAGAGAAUCUGCUUUGCACGAGGAAGGUCCCUGGUUCAACUCCUGACGUCUCUAGGUAAGGGUGGGGGAGAACCCUGUUUGAAACCCUAAAAGAGCUGCUGCCAGUCAGUGUUGAUAGUACUGAGUUAUAUGAACCAAUGAUCUGCCUUGGUAUAAGGCAGCUUCCUAUCAGAUCAGACUACUUUCCCAUCUAGGUCAGUAGUGUCAACUCUGUGGCAGUGGUUCUCUAAAGGUCCUUCACACCACCUGCUUCCUGAUUAUUUUUGAAAUAAUGAAGAAUGGAGGGACGUGGGUGGCGCUGUGGGUUAAACCACAGAGCCUAGGACUUGCCGAUCAGAAGGUCGGCGGUUCAAAUCCCCGCGACGGGGUGAGCUCCCGUUGCUCGGUCCCUGCUCCUGCCAACCUAGCAGUUCGAAGGCACGUCAAAGUGCAAGUAGAUAAAUAGGUACCGCUCCGGUGGGAAGGUAAACGGAGUUUCCGUGCACUGCUCUGGUUCGCCAGAAGUGGCUUAGUCAUACUGGCCACAUGACCCGGAAGCUGUAUGCCGGCUCCCUCGGCCAAUAAAGCAAGAUGAGCGCCGCAACCCCAGAGUCAACCACGACUGAACCUAAUGGUCAGGGGUCCCUUUACCUUUACAGUGAAGAAUGCAACAACAUGGGGCAUUAAGGGACUCCCCAGCUGUGAUCAUCUCUUCCAGCUUCUCAGAGUGCUUCAGAAAACCAACAGGAAACUAAGCAGUCCUGCAUUUAUUACCAGUGACAGCAGUUUGAUGUUUUUAUUACCCAGUUACGUGAAUUUCAAAACCUGGCCAUCACCCUAAUAUAGCCACAUUGCAGAGAGCUCUAGUACAGAGGAAUUUAAGUCCCUUUAACCUGUGGCAAUUCCAAAGAGCCUGCGCCUGCUUGAAUAGUGCUCUGAACAGGUCCUGAAAACAUUGACGUUGGACAAGAUUUUGGGAGAACGUAUCCAGCACAGAGACUGCAAAGUUUAAAAUCUCUCUGAGGGGAAAAGAAAAGAAGUUGAAAAAGCCUGAGGUUGCACUAUUAUAUUCACCACUAUAUGUAAUAUAUUAUGAUCAAAAUGCAAGAAGCAGGUUUCUAGACCUCCAGAUAGUAAAGGGAAACAAAAAUGCUUUGUAGAAUCUCAGAAGCCAGCUGAACUUCAGAGACCUUGCAAUAUUAGUGUUGCCCCUUCUAAUAACUAACAGAAGCAAUAGAGAGGGAGAGGGUUUAAACACAUUUCUCUACAUAAAUAGACAAGUGGACAGGAGCUGUAGGUUGCUGGCAUAGUCUGUGUUUUAUAUACAGAAGGCUUAGGUCCAGGUCCAUUGCAGGCUUAUAUUGUUUAGGCCAAUUCCAAACUAGAUGCAGCAGUGGAAGUUUUAGCCUUAUUUCCUAACUAAAUCCAGGUGACUGAACCAGGUGCAUAUAGGAGGCAUUCAGUGGUUUGCAUCCAGAAAUGCAGAUUCAAUAACCUUUUGACAGCAACCUGAAGUCUGAUGUUCCAGGAGCCCAAAGCAAGGAGGAACCAGGUGCUGUUCUACUUCAGAUACCUUCUGUAUCAGGGAAUGGAUGCUGUGCUUUCUACUAAUUUCCUCCCAGGGACUAGACUUCUUUUAAUGAGCCAGGAGCCAAAGCGGUAAAGACAAGAGUAAUGUCAAAAACAUCAGUGGGGAACCCCUGGCCCACAGACCUAGUUAUGCCUGUUAGGCCUCCCCAUUUGGCCCACCAAGCCUUACCUACCUGCUCUACACCUAAUACCACAUAUGACAUGGCUGAGCCAAAAGAGAGGUUGUAGGCACUGCCAGUCAGCUGAUCAGUGGUGCCUGAAAAGUCCUGUGCAUGGGGCUUUGAAGCACAAACACGCAGCUCAUUUUCCAUGCUUAACAGAGCACAGGGCUUUGCUUUUCACCUGCACUCUUUGGUUUCAAACCACACAGACAAGAAUGUGAAACCUGACAUUGGGGUGAUUGGCAGGUGGCCGGCUCUGCUCAUCUAUUGGGGACAAGGAGAGAGAUAAGAAUUCUGACUGUUGGCCAGCUCUAGUGUCCCACACCUGGUUUAGAACAAGGCCACUGCAAAGGACCACAAGAGAGUUUGUUGAUCUGACCUGUCAGGGCCACUCUUAGAGCCACAGCAGAAUCACUUUCCAGGCUACAUUCAGUUUCCCUGUUAAUUUCCACAUUAUAUUUGAACUUUUGCAUGACAUAAAGGCCAUUUCUAGAAAUCAAGUGAAACAUAGUGGAAGUUUGGUGCUCAUUUCCAUGUUAAUUACUUCCAGAACAAAAUCAGCAUGCAACUGCAUUAACCCAGAAGAUCGUGGGAGUAAUUGGCAAAAUUUGGGGUGAUAAUGCCAGCCUACAUUUCUUUCCUGUGGUUUCCAUGGGGAAAUGGAAGUAUACAUGCAGAAAGAGUGAUUUUCUACAAUAAUGUCCAUAGUUGGGUCACACCACACCCAGUGACAUUUAGCACAACAUUUAGCUGGUACAGUAUAUUGGUCAAAAAGCCAAAGUUCCAUAAUGCAACAGGUAAUGCAUUGUGAAAGGAACAAUACAGGAGCAUUAACAGGAUACCCCCCCCCCACACAUCUGAAUGUACUUAUUGCCACCAAGUGACCGGCUCCUUCCUUGCCCUCCACAGCAUCCAGGUGUUUCACUGCCUCCGGCACGAAGGGACAGGUGGUCGUACAUUACUUGUGGAUGGCUUCUACGCAGCAGAGCAGGUGCUCCAGCAAGCCCCGGAUGACUUUGAGCUCCUCACCAAGGUGCCACUGAAGCACGAAUAUAUCGAGAAUGUGGGGGGCUGCCACAACCACAUGAUUGGGGUUGGGCCUGUCUUGAAUGUCUACCCCUGGAACAAUGAGAUCUACUUGAUCAGGUGAGAUGGCCAGUGUCUGCCCUGGUCUUUGCAGCACCACAGAGCACUCCAAGUGAACAAAGCUAGAGGUGGACUGAGGCCAUUUGAGCCUCUGUCGCCAGUCCUAGGCUCCACCUCCUUUGUGAUAGCUACAGUCCUUAAAGGGGCUACACUUGGGCCUGUGGACAGGCAGUUCUUCUCAGGCCCAGGGAAAGCACCUGUGAGGGUCCUGGAUCUGGCGUUGAGGAAUCUGGUCCAGGGGGCUCUUGCCCACCAGUCUCCAGUUUAGCAGCGCCCCCUGGUCUCCAGCAUCAGGUUUUGUGUCAAGAACCCAUUCUGGCUCCUUAGGGGGUGACUCUGCAACCUCUUACUUGGUAUGCUGGGUGCUGCUGGAUUCUAGGGUUGUGACAACAUCAGUUGGAGCAGUUUGUGUUCAUGCAAACAUGGUCGAAUUGCAUGUUCCACCACCAGAAGAGAUACCCAAGUGAUUUAACCACAGUACCUCUUCCUGGGAAACACUGGGAAUUGUAGUUCUGUGAAGGGAAUAGUUGUUCUCCUAACAACUCAGCACACUUACCAAACUACAGUUCCCAGGAUUCUUUGGAGGAAGCAGUGACUGUUUUAAAGUGACACAAUACUGCUUUAAAUGUAUAGUGCAGAUGAGGCCUAAGCAGUCAGAGUUCAGCUAGAGCUGAGCAGGGAUGUGAUCCUAGAUAUAUCUACAGUCCUUGUAUGUUCCUCUAGCCAUCCCAGCAAAUAGUCCUGUACCAGAGCCCAGGCGAAGCUUCAUUGUGGAUCUUGUGCUGAUAAAAUAGUUACCACUUUAUUACGGAAUCUGGCUGGUCAAGAAGGAAAAUCAAGUUGUGCUGCAAAAUUACCUUCCGCCCCCGCUCCCUGACAAGUUCCUACUGAAUGACCCCCCAAAAAUUAACGUUUGCUUUUUAAAAAAAAUCACAGGAGUGAAGCUACUAAAAGAUGCACCAUUUGGGCAAAUUUACUGGCUGUGCACACCUUACACCAUUCCUGUCCUUCCCCGUAAUUUCUGCAGAAAACCCAAGUCCAAUUUAUGUGUGCACAGGUAUAGGGAACUUUUGGCUUCACAGAUGUGCCUAUACUACAGUUCCCAUCAUUCAUGACCAUUAGCCUUACUGGCUGGUGGAAACUGAAGCCUUAACAACAGACUCCCUUCCUCUGAUAUACACAAAGCGUUUGCUCCCACUGAUAAAUAGAUAUCACUUCUAGCAGUCAUGCCUCUGCCCAUGCGGAUCCUUAGAGACUUACUGGUUCCCAUGUGGGGAUUGCAAUCCUUAAGUAGUGCACUGUGGAUGUUCCCUUCUGCUGCUUUAUUUUAGGUACAACAACUACGACCGAGCCGUCAUUAACACGGUGCCUUACGACACUGUGCACCGCUGGUACAGCGCACACCGCACUCUCACCGCUGAGCUAAGGAGACCAGAGAAUGAGCUCUGGGUGAAGCUGAAGCCGGGCAAGGUAAAGUCAUGGCAAGCAGAUUGGCAUGUGGCUUUGGUGUGGAGGCGUUUGGUACUAGCAGCUCAGAGUUAAGUGCUCUUCCACUGCUAAACUACAGAAUUAGCCCCCAGAAGACGUAGAGAUUGCCAGCAAUUUGGAUGGCACUAAAAGAGGGUUAAAGGGACGUGGGUGGCACUGUGGUCUAAACCACAGAGCUUAGGACUUGCUGAUCAGAAGGUUGGCGGUUCGAAUCCCUGCAACGGGGUGAGCUCCCGUUGCUCAGUCCCAGUUCCUGCCAACCUAGCAGUUUGAAAGCACAUCAAAGUGCAAGUAGAUAAAUAGGUACCGCUCAGGCGGGAAGGUAAACGGUGUUUCCGUGCGCUGCUCUGGUUUGCCAGAAGUGGCUUAGUCAUGCUGGCCACAUGACUCGGAAGCUGUCUGCGGACAAACACCGGCACCCUCGGCCUAUAGAGCGAGAUGAGUGAGCAACCCCAGAGUCGGUCACGACUGGACCUAAUGGUCAGGGGUCCCUUUACAUCUACUAAAAGAGGGUUGGACAUGUUCACAGAGGAGAGGGCUAUUCAUGUCUCUUAGUGACAACAAUGGCUGUGUUCUACCCCGACUGCCAGAGCCUCUGCCACUCGCUAGGAAUCGCAGGUGGGGAGAGGGCUGUUCUGGUCUUCCCUGCAAGCUUCUCAUAGGCAUCUGGUUGAACACAGUGAUAGCAAGACGCUGGACUUGUGGAGCCUUUUUGGCUUGAUCCAGCAGGGCUGUUCUUUGCUUUGUGUCCAACCUCUUCCAUGCAGGAGGGCAGAAAUAUAUGUGUGCUGCAUCUGAACCAUCCUUGAUAUCUCUUUCAAGUAUCUCAGGGGAAACAUGAAGGGAACAUACUGAGGCUCCCAGCACUAAUUUAACACCAAACUAACAUCUACUCAAGAGUGAAGUGGGCAACAGACACUCAAUUCUUGGUAUAAAGUAGCUUUUUAUGUUCAUAUUGUGGGGGACUUGAAGCCCGUGGGCCAGUUUAGCCCAUGAGGCUGUUUUUACCCAAACCACGCCCAUCUGUCCAAGGUCUGACGUCAUAUGUGGCAUAAGGUGUAGAGCAAGGAAUGAUGUGGCUCAGAUUGGGGCUGCUUUCAGCCCCCAUCAGUUGAGAGGUGCAGAGAGGGAGACCUUCUGAAGUCAUCCGCUGAUGAUGGUUACGGGUGAUAAUUUAUUAUUUAUAUGCUGCCCAUCUUGACUGGGUUGCCCCAGCCACUCUGGGUGUCUUCCAACAAAGUAAAAGCAUUUAGCACAGUAAAACAUCAAAUAUUUUAAAACUUCCCUAUACAGGGCUGCCUUCAGAUGUUUUCUAAAAGUCAGAUAGUUGUUUGUUUCCGUGACAUCUGACAAGAGGGCGUUCUACAGAGCGAGCGCAAAUGCCAAGAAGGCCCUCUGUGGUGUCACAAAUGACUCGAGAUGAUUGACAGGUUUGUGGACCCACCCACCUUUCAAAGUUGGGGUGAAGGGAGAAAGGAGCCAGCUGACUUCCCCCAUCGUUGCUGUAAUAAGUAGCCUCAUCAUGACUACACACAUUAUUAUUAUUAUUAUUAUUAUUAUUAUUAUUAUUAUUAUUAAUUUAUACCCCUCCCAUCUGGCUGGGUUUCCCCAGCCACUCUGGGCGGCUUCCAACAAAAUAUUAAAAUACAGUGGUCUGUUAAACAUUAAAAGCUUCCUUAAACAGGGCUGCCUUCAGAUGUCUUCUAAAAGUCUGGUAGUUGUUUUUCUCUUUGACAUCUGGUGGGAGGGCGUUCCACAGGGCGGGUGCCACUACCGAGAAGGCCCUCUGCCUGGUUCCCUGUAACUUGGCUUCUCGCAGUGAGGGAACCGCCAGAAGGCCCUCAGCACUGGACCUCAGUGUCCAGGCAGAAUGAUGGGGGUGGAGAUGCUUCUUCAGGUAUACUGGGCCGAAGCCAUUUAGGGCUUUAAAGGUCAGCACCAACACUUUGAAUUGUGCUUGGAAACGUACUGGGAGCAGACACAUAAACGUACACAGACAGACACAUGCUCCUUCAAUACGUGGCCUCUCCAGUUCAAGUGGUGGGAAAGACCCCUCUACCUGUGACCCAGAUAGUGAUGUAGGAGAGCUGGGGGGGGGGGUCACAUCUGGUAACCAAUGUGCCCCUUUGGUUUCAGCUAGUGCAUAGGUAGACAGGUCUAAAAAGCCUGGGAUACAAAUUUCCACAGUCCUCUAGCAGCUAUGGUGGCUCAUUGACCAGAAGUAAUGUUUUUAGCAUUAACUCUGGAAGUGUAUGCUAGAUUCUGACCAAACUCAGCUUCCUAGAGCACAAUAUAUAUCAGGAGGCUUAGUUUGGUCAGAAUUGGGUAUACACGUCUAGUAAAUACAUUACUUGUAUGUAAUGAGCCACCAUAGCCACUAGAGGGCAAUAAAAACUCGUGUUCCAGGCUUUUUAGACUCUCAUACCCAUGUACUGUCUGAAACCAAAGGAGCUCAUGGGUUGCCAGAUGCAAAAUAUAUUGGCAUUAUUUUUAGCUCUCCUACCCCCCACUAAGAGAGUUGUAAUGCAAAGCUGUACAGACAAUCCUGGGUUGGAUGGACAGAUCUUCUGACCCUUGUAUAAAGCAGCUUCCUCAGCUUGUCUUCCAUUUCCAAAAGAAUGGGGGAGACGAGCUACAUGUCUGUUCCUGCUAAGAUUACCUAACCAGACGCCAAUGAUGUAACAGGUAUAGGAAGAGCCUUGCGGCAUGGACACAAAUUUCCCAUUUGUUCUUUCUGCAGGCCCUGUUUGUGGACAACUGGCGAGUUCUGCACGGCCGGGAGUCUUUCACAGGUUACCGCCAGCUCUGCGGCUGCUACCUGACGAGAGAUGACGUGCUGAAUACAGCCCGCUUCCUGGGGCUGCAAGCCUAGCUUGACCUGUGCUUCCAGAAUUUUGGGAAUUGCGGAUCCAGGAAUGAGAGAGAGCUUUUCGCAAUAUACCUCACAGACUUGACCUUCUGCUCGCAAGAGGAGGAGAGUUCCCCAUGGGAUUACUUGAUUGUCAGCCAGCCCAUGCAGUUUAUUUGCCUUUCCCCCCACCCCACCCCCACACACUAUCCCAGUUUUUUGGUCUUUUGUUGUCCAACUCCCUUUGGCUUUCACGGCACAAUGGACACAUUUGGUGCGGGAAGGAAUCAAAGUCCGCUGCAGCACUCAAGGUGCCAGAUCUUGUUGUGCCUUUUUGCUGUUGUAACUGAACUAUAACGCUAACCUUGGUCAGCGGGCAUUCUUUACACUGGCACUCCAUAGUUUUGCUGACCACAGGACAAGUGAGUGUCCUUAGAAGUGUGGGGAGAGAACUCUCUCCACCCGCCACCAGUCUUCAAAAACCUUCAAAAAUACACAAGUGCCGGGUGUUGGAAGCUUUUAGGGUUGUCCCCAUUGCCUGCUGAUGGCUCAAACCUGCCAUAUUGAUAGGAAAGCAGCUACAGGAAGUUUUGUGGCGAGAGAGGAGAGCUGCAUGGCUAGAGCCAGGUAAUUAUGCUGGGGGUCCUUCCUUACCAGAUCUGCAAACGACAGUUUGUGCGCAGUGAUAUCUCCCCCUUCCCCAUAUCCUGCGUUAGUUUUUCUUUUGCCAUGAUAGCUCCUCCUAGUCCAUGAUAGCUGCCCUUUCUUCAUUUUGGUUCUUGAAUUUUUUUUUUGCCUUGUGCUUUUUCUUUUCUUUUCUUUUUGCUUUGGCCUUCCAAGGAUUUACUCCUACUUCGUUGAUAGCCUCUCACCUUGUGAGCAAUAGGAAAGUAAUUGAAUUAGGAGCCGUGGCACUGUCAGGGCAGGACUCUGGGGCAGGGGUCAUGGUCCCCACAGCAAAAUGAGCAUGGAGGCCGACAGACAUGGCAGCAGGACUGACUUUCCACAUUUUUGAAGUUACUGGAACAAGAUGAAUGACCAUCUAAAGUGAGGAAGGAUUCCCAGCUGUGGUUUCUUUGGUUAAAAAAAAUAAUGAGGUGCUGGUACUCAUAUCUAGUACCAAGGAUGCCAGAACAAAACAAGGCAAUGUUCCUCCAUACAGGUGGGAAAAAUCACUGACUUCCCAUAAGACCAGACGUGGGCCUACAUUUGGGGGGCCCUGAAGCUUGCUCUGUUAUGGGGGCCCUUUUGCAACCAAGAACGAGGUAUGGUGUAACCACGGUUGACUUCCUCAAUGGGGUUGUUUCAUGACACAUCACUGCAAUUAAAAAAUCAUAAUUCAACUACUGCAUCUCAUAUUUUGAUUGAAAUUGCUAUCCCGCGACACUCCACCUUUGCAGCGUUUGUGCUACUGACUCUCAAACUUUGGGAUUGUUGAAAAAUUAAUUGAUUUGACUUGUGCAGCUGCACUAAAGUCACUUCUGGAGCCCCUCUGGGAUUAAGGGUCCUGAAGCUUAAGCUUCAUUUGUUUCAUAGUAGAUUGGCCCCUGCAUAAGACCAUUAAGUCCAGCAUCUAAAAUUAACCAUCGGCACUGCUGUUUCAAGGGAAGGCCUGAAGCAGUUGAGCCCUGUUCUAGAAAAUAUCUCAAGGGGGAAAAAGAAACAAAGCCAUCUUCCUUAAAUUCUGCACUCCUUGAGUUGGGAAUCUCUCUGCUGGCUGAGCAACUUACCAGCUUUGUUUUUGAACUACGGGCCUUUCUCAGGAAUAGCACAUGGAGGACACUUCUGCUAGAAUUCAAGUGAAUGUCUUAAGUGAAGAAACUGUGCCCAACCACCUCACUGCCUGUACAAAAUAGCUUUUUUUGGCCACGAACAAAGGAUUCUGUGUAUGUGCAGAUGAGGUAUGAAUGUAAGCCAUUCACCAUGAGUACCUUCUUAUGGGUCCUACCAGCACAGUGGGACUUCUUCCUCUCAUGUUGCUGUUCUUGGCCAGGACAAAGUUGGGAUAUCAAGGGCUGCUAUUUCUGGUGACACAGGAAGUCAUUACCUGCCAUUGCAUGAGCCCCUCAAGUAGCAGCUAAAGACCCACUUUCUCUGUCCCUGAAUUGAAUGUAAACUUCCUGCCACCCAGCCCACAUUGGAUUUGCAUCCAUGCUUCAGUUGUUAAUCAUGGCUAACAAUGCAACACUUAUUUUCAUAUGCAGACUCCUUGCCUAUGUCUUCAGUUCACACAGUUUAGUCUUUUUUUAAAAAAAAAUUGUGCAUGUUUGUUUCUGUGAAAUUAGCUUCACAAUGUAUUUGAGAGUAAAUGCCUGAAAAUAUUUUAUAUGUUUUUAAUCUCAGGCAGAGGGAGGCGUUGAAAGAGCUGAAAGAGGUAGUAGAAAGUCUGCUGUGGUUUAACACAUUUCCACAGCUGAAUCUGGCAAGAUCUGGGCCAAAUCCAUUUCCUGUAGCUGGAACACCUUUUUGUCAAAUAGGGGGUUGGCAACCGGCUUCAGCUAGCUAGGCCAGUGGACUUUUUUUCUCCUUGGAAAAGGAAAGCAGUUCCCAUCUCCACAUGAUCUGAGGUAUGACCAGAAUCAGGUGCACAGGGUCAUUGCUAUAACUGACCUUUGACAUGCCAAACUAAAGAGAGACCCAUUAAGCAGCUGUGAAAAUCUGGUCUCUGUAUUAGUAAACAGGAAGUGAUGCUGUACUUCCCUGGUGGCAUUUUUGGUGCUUGGUGGCUUCCCCUUCAUGCAUCAACUUAAGAUAAGCUGUUAGAUUCCUCCAUGACUGCCAAAAACAGAGAUCUAAAGCUGAGUUCUGCAUAGAAGUGAUGUAUUUUGGACAGUACUGCUGCAGCGGAAAGUGAAGGAGGAUGGGGAGACUUGUGUCAUUUAAUGCUUCUCCAGGAAAACACAAAUCCAGUGCAAGAGUAUAGAUUGUAGCCUAGCCUCCUGUGGUCUUCAAGUACCAUACAAGUUGGUCACCAGCAAAGUGUCCAGAGCUGGUUGUUUCCAUUACUCUACCAACCCUUUGCUUGAGUACUUGUACCACAUCAUUGCUGUCUGGUAGGGUUGGGUCGGCUGUGACCCUCAAGAUAACUGCUGGACUCCUAACUCCAAUCACCUCUGACUGUUGGUUAUGCUGCCUGGGGCUGAUGGGAGUUGUAGUUCAACAACAUCUAGAGGGUGCAGGUUCCUCAGCCCUUUGUGGGGCUUCCUCAGUGACCUAACAUGGUUCUAAUUCCUAUAUGAAAUUUUUCUUUGACAUUUAUUAGCAUACAAUACCAUUCAGGUUUGGGGGAGUGAGCAGGGUGACACACAUAAUUUCCCUGCUUGUGUUAGCUUUUUUAAAAAGUGUGGAACAUCAUGAUCAAGCUGAUUGUGAUGCAAUAGCUCAAUAAGGAGGCACCUUUUCAUGCAAGCACACCAUCUUUCUGUGAAUCUUUCUGAGUCAUAAACCUCACCACCAGCCAUACGUACUCCUGAGGCCUGUUGCCUGGAAGCUGGUGACUUUCUGAAGUGGGACCUGGUUUUGCAGAAAGAAAUGAAGGUUGAAAGGCAAAUGCCAAGUGUGUUUGCUCCAAGAUGCAGAUCUAGAGCUGUGCUUUCUGCUGUUGCCCAGGCACUUCCCUGCACACAUUUUUGCAAGCAGGGAAAUUAUAACAUCAGAAACGGCUGACGUAGUUUGUACUCCCUUUCAGCCUCAGCCCUCUGCCGAUCUAUGCAUUUGGUGUUUUGAAUAAGAAUAGCUUGCCUUCACUGUGGCGUUUCUGGUCAUAUUUUGAAACCAGCAUUUUCUGCAUCUCUCUCUGCUAAUAAAAAAAGUGGCAUUUCUUUUCAGAGCAGCUGGCUUGUGGCUUAAUAUUCUAUUCAACAGGUGGUUUCAUGUAUAAUGCAACCAUAGCUUUCUCAGUUCCAGCUAACUUUCUGUAGAUACGAUGAAAGCUCUUUCACCUUUCCCCAAUGACUUUUCACAUUUCUAUCUCCAUCAAAGGGGGGGGGGGGGAGAAUAGGGAAUAAGCCUUUCCUAGGUGCUUGCUGUCUCCCUACUGAGCAGAAGCUAACUAAAUAAAUGUAAGUAAAAUUCUACAUGUGGAAUUCAGUGUUCCUUUGCACUAGACCUGGGUUAAUCUGUGUGCAGAAUUUUGUUGGGAAACAGCAUGCAGAACAAAAACUUGGAUUGCUACAUCAGAUCAAAAUCCAUUUACUUCAAGGUUAGCUAACCUGUGGUCCUCCCAGAUGUUGCUGAACUCCCAGUCCCCAUCAGCACUAGCCAGGACAGCCAGUGCUCAGGGGUGAUGGGAGUCCAGCAACAUGUGGAGGGCCACAUGUUCCACUAUUUCUGCAUGGCUUAAUAAGCACUUUCACAGUUGUCCUCCACGAACCUAAGAAUCCUUUACAAAAGCUGUCUAAGCCUGCGACUAUCACAACCUCAUCUUAUACUUGCAAAUUCCAUAAAUUAUGCUUAGUGUGUUGGGGAAAUACUUUUUCCUCUUGUUGAUACUGAACCCUAUUGCCAAUCAGCUUGUUAAAUGAUCUCAAAUUCCAAAUGUUACGAAACAGGAGAGAAGUUUUCAUCUUUUCUACAUCAGGUACAGGGAACCUAUGGCCCUCUGGAAGUUCCUGGACUCCCAAAGUCCAUCAACCCUGCUAGAUUCCCCUUCCCUGUUCUACACAGUUCAUGCACACCUAUUUUUAACCCUCACAGUCUUUCUUAGCAUAGAUGAAGCAGUCUAGAGAAGAUGAGCAGCAGCAUGCCUUUGGAUUGUAGGACAGCUGAGGAUCUGGCCUCCUGGUCAGAUCUUGUUUCCCACCCAUCCUUUCCCUGCAGCACAGUUAAGAAAUGAAAGACAAGUGACACUUGGGGUGUGUGGAAACAAGGCAGUGCUUGCUUUAUUGCAAUGACAUUAAUUCUGCAUAGAAACCACAUAGAAGCUUGUGGUAAACCUCAUCUAGCCAAAUACAACAUUGCCUCUUGUUUCGCAGGAAAAUGACUUCAUUUCCGUAAUCUGAACCCAGCACCCUCUAUAUUUAAAUAUUUCAAUUAAGCACUUCACAAGAUCAUCCAACAAUGGCACCCUAUUAGGACCCAAGGUUUCAUAACAAAAAAUGACAACUUGGGUGUUUCCGAGGUGGCAGCUUUCAUUCUCCCCCCAUUGUGCCUCAGCAAGUAGGGCUUUUGCAUUCACGCAGAUAAUUUUUUUAAAAAAUCUAUUCUUAAUUUUAAUUUUUGUGUUCAUAAACUUUUAUGCUGUAGCCCUUU